AUGAGCCACCUUAGCAACGUCCCAAACCAGAAGCAGGGCGAGUUCCAGCCCGGCCCCAAGCCGUCCGGCGACCACCAGUGGCCCAAUGGACCCUGGCCAAAUGACAAGGUAAGCCUGAAUUCGAACACCUUACCGAUAUUACAGCGUGCCAACCCCCAUCCGCAGCAUGCCCCCGGCGUAAAAGCCACCCCAGCAGAUAACGUGCCGGAAUUCCACGCCCAAACCCACCCACCGGGCACCGCACCCGCCGGCAGCUCCUACCAGCCCAACCCAAUCGACCACAGCGGCGAGCAGGCCAUGAACCCCAAUGUGCUGCGGAGCCAUGGCAAGGAGGGUGUGCGGACCACUGCGGAGUCGACCCUUUGGGGCGCGACCUCGAAGGAUGUGCACCAGCGUGCGGGACACCCUGGUACUGGACAGAGCAGUGCUGAGCUGCGCCAUGAUGGGCAGCAUACGAACAAGAACCCUGGACGUGGGUUGGAGGGGGCUAUGAAGGGUGUGAAAGAUGACUUUGGUUCGAGGACGGAACAGAUUCUCUCCAAAAAGCCUACUGCUGCCGAGGGCAGCCAUGCGGAGGGUUCCCGCCCUUAG